AUGAGGUCACAGGGUGUUGCAGACUCCUCCCCCUCCUCUCUGAUUGGUCCAUUCUGUGUGACUGACAGGAAACUGAGCCCCUCGGGGUCGUAUUAUGAUGGUGGGGGGGGCAGGAUGCCUCGCUCACCCUCCGAUCAUGGUCUGGAUCGCCGCACUCGCUCGGCACACAGCUACCAUGGUAACGGCGAGGCGGAGCUGCGGGUCCGCAGGCAGCCAAUCAGAGACAGGCGAGGCCGCUGGCACUCACAGGACCACCCUCUGGACCUGGUCCAGGAUGAGCAUGAGCAGCAGCGGCGGCAGCGGCAGGAGGAGGAGUUUCAGGCUCGUUACCGUAGCGACCCGAACCUGGCUCGUUACCCGGUGAAGCCGCAGCCAAGCGAAGAGGCCAUGAGGAUGCUGGCUCAGGUCGGUAGGGUCCGACACCAACGGCGCCACAGCGACGCCUCCCUGGACACCACCGAGCCCGACCACCAUACCCCAAGACACACAGCUCUCCGGCAGAGUCGGCUGCAGGGAUUGGUUGAAUCUGGAGGUCAAAGGUCGUUCCCUGUCGAUCGGACAGCCAAUCACACGAGCCCCACAUCUCCCCGCCACAGCCCGUUACCCCGGCAGCUCCUGGACCCGAGUUCCGCCCUCAAGAGAAAGACGGCCAGUGACAACGCAGCACAGCAGGGACGGAGAAUGGGGAAGAUGCACGUGAUUGGCAGCUUCAGCAGCUCAGAGGAGGAGCUGGCGACCACGCCGGACUACAACAGCUGCGAUGAGCACGACA